AUGCCGCUUCGAAAAAAAGAGGAGGUCUGUGGCAAACCUACACAGUACAACCUCCAAACAUGCGAGUAUAAUUGGAAAUAUCUGCCGGAUACACAUUUCAACUUGGACAAGACCCCACGAUCAAAGAGCAGACAACAGGUAUAUUCAAAGGCUUUGUCAGACGCGUCAAAUCAAACGCCCCGGGAGAUGAUACACCAACUGCCGCCAUUGCCAUUACCGUCUCCUAGGUCAACAGGAUUCACCGUUGUAUCACCGGCACCGUCCCAACCGGUGGGGCUCCCCUUCGUAGCAGCGUCGCCACAGGCUCACGUCAUUCCAUGGUCCCACGACGAAUUGCGUCGGCUCGUCUAUGCCAAUCAGAUGGAGGCUCAAAAUUCACAUCUCCGAAGUUGCCGUUGA